CAACAAACCCACCCCACCUCUGCCUCUGUGCCUCCAUGGGGAUGCGGUCGAGCCCCUGCCGGCCCCGCGGUCUCGGUAGAAGCAUCGUGGCAUUGUGGAUGACGUACGUCCGUCGUAUCGCGAGGCUUAUUAGGAGGUAGGCGAGUGUUCGUUUCGCUCUCUCAAAGACAUCUCCUCCCUUCCCGCCGUGUGACUCCAUCCCUUCUUCAAACAGCAAUCCUCAACUCGGUGUCAAAUUCGACAAUAUGCGCGUCCAGUCCAUCCUUCCCCUCCUGUGCGCUCCCCUCCUCGCUUUCGCGCAGAGCAAUCCGUUCAAGAUACCGCCGACUGGGCUGGCGGCCAAAGGAGGGCAGGCGCUGAAUCUCGAAUGGACGCCCACGACGAACGGCACAGUCUCUCUGAUCUUACGGAGUGGGAAUGCAGCCAAUCUGGCCGAAGGGACAACAAUCGCAUCAAACAUCGCCAACUCCGGCGCAUACACCUGGACGCCUUCGAACAGCAUCACGACCGGCAGCGACUACACUGUUGAGAUUGUCGACGACACCGACCCCAAUUUGACAAACUACACCCCUUACUUCACUCUCGAUACGCCCACCACGGCAUCGCAGACUACGAGCAUGGUCACGCUGGGCGCCCCGAGCACAUCGGGGGGUAAGACGCGGUCGGCGAAGAGCACGGGGUCUUCUUCUUCUUCUUCGUCGUCAUCUGGCUCGCCGUCUGUUACUAGCAGUUCUAGCAGUGCUAGUCCAUCGGGACUUACUACCGCCACGAGUGCUUCUCCUACUCCUACGGGUGCUGCGUCGUCGGCUGCUAGCACAUCUCCCUCGUCCCCCACUGCUACUGGCGCUGCGGCGAAAAUGAAUGCCAUGGCUGCGGGGGUUUUUGGUCUUGCCUUGGGCGCUCUGGCGCUGUAGAAUGCAUCGUGCAAAUUGAAAGAGAUGGGUUUGAACCGGACUUUUGAAUAGAUAGCAAUCCACCCCAGCGCCUUCGCUAAAUUGAACUGAGCUCCAUCGUUCAGCACCCUCAUGUGAUCGUCGUAUCUGUCCCUCCAUCCAUAUCCUCACUCGCUUUCGGCACCGACACAUCUUGCGCCUUGGGCCUCCAUUCCCUCAAGUCCUGCACCGGCCCGCCUUCCACUACCACCCCUUUACUCUCCGCCUCUCGCCCCAACACCGUCCCCACCAAUCUCGCAUCCUCAUUCCCCCCAAUCGUGCCCCCCUUG